ACGAUGGAUGCAACACCAUGCCUUCUGCUCGUCCUCCUGUUCUGGACAAGGAUACAAGAAAAUAACGCUCUCCAGUGUUACUGUGACCGCUGCAGUGCCAACUCCAGCUGCACAACGGAUGGCGUCUGCUACGUCGCCAUCCGCAAGUCAGGUAGCCGGCUGACCAUCGAGCGGCGCCAAUGUGUACAGGAGACUGAGCUGAUCCCGCGAGACCGGCCCUUUUUCUGUGCCCCGUCUGUCAAACAUGACGAGGGCAUUUACCCCAUGUGCUGUACCGAGGACUACUGCAACAAAGACCCCGACUUUGACCACUUCAUCCCUGUCCCCACUGCUAAGACUCCUCUUCUGGGCCCUGUGGCCCUCGCAGCAGUCAUCGCCGGCCCUGUGUGUUUGCUCUGCCUGUUGCUGGUCUUGGCGUUUUAUGUUUGCCACAGCCACAGAGGUCUCGGGGCGGGAGGUGCCGGGGCCCAUCAUCACCACCAUCAUCGGGUGCCCAACGAAGAGGACCCCUCCAUGGACCACCCCUUCAUCACUGUGGGAACAACACUGAAGGACCUCAUCUAUGACAUGACCACCUCAGGCUCAGGAUCAGGACUGCCACUGCUGGUCCAGAGGACUAUCGCCAGGACCAUCAUCCUUCAGGAGAGCAUUGGGAAGGGGCGUUUUGGGGAGGUGUGGCGGGGGAAAUGGCGUGGUGAGGAGGUGGCUGUGAAAAUCUUCUCCUCCCGCGAGGAACGCUCCUGGUUUCGCGAGGCGGAGAUUUACCAGACUGUGAUGCUGAGGCACGAGAAUAUUCUGGGCUUCAUCGCUGCAGACAACAAAGAUAAUGGAACGUGGACUCAGCUGUGGCUGGUGUCUGAUUACCAUGAACACGGCUCCCUGUUUGACUACCUGAACCGCUACACCGUCACCGUGGAGGGCAUGAUCAAGCUAUCCCUGUCAACGGCCAGCGGCCUCGCCCACCUUCACAUGGAGAUUGUGGGCACGCAAGGUAAGCCAGCAAUAGCUCACAGAGACCUGAAGUCAAAGAACAUCCUGGUGAAGAAGAACGGGACCUGCUGCAUUGCUGACCUCGGUCUAGCUGUCCGCCAUGACUCGGCCACCGACACCAUCGACAUCGCUCCAAACCACAGAGUGGGAACCAAAAGGUAUAUGGCACCAGAGGUCCUGGACGAUUCCAUAAACAUGAAACACUUUGAGUCUUUCAAGCGGGCAGACAUCUACGCCAUGGGCCUGGUCUUCUGGGAGAUCGCCAGCCGCUGCUCUAUGGGAGGCAUCCAUGAGGACUACCAGCUGCCCUACUAUGACCUGGUUCAGUCAGAUCCAUCAGUGGAGGAGAUGAGGAAGGUUGUUUGUGAGCAGAAGCUUCGGCCCAACAUUCCCAACCGCUGGCAGAGCUGUGAGGCCUUACGGGUGAUGGCAAAGAUAAUGAGGGAGUGUUGGUAUGCAAACAGUGCUGCCCGACUCACCGCCCUCCGAAUCAAGAAAACGCUCUCUCAGCUCAGCCAACAGGAAGGAAUCAAGAUGUAGACACGACUACAAAACACACACACAUACACACACACACAUAUCUGACUGUCACCCAUAUCGUUAGCAUUAAAGCAUUGUUAUCGUCAUUAUUAUUAUUCAUGGAUUGUAUCUUCCCUUUGGUUGUAAAGGGAAGUGAAGACUUUGCCCACUUGUGCUCUUUUUUUCUCAUCCUAUUUCAUUCAUGGACAAACUGCCGAGUUCUACAUCCGAAACUGAGGAACCAUGUGUAUACGUGUGUCGCACUGGCCUUCCAUACACACAUGAAUGGCUGAAUGGAUGGAUCUAAUGGGAUAUCAGAGGCAUUAAAGGAAGCCUCCACUCAUCCUCCAUCUUCCUAAUUCAUUACAUGAAUUUUUCUGAAAGACCCACUGGGGCAACUGGGGUCCAUGUAGACUCCCAAACUCACCGUUCAUUACAAACCAAACCAGUUAGAGCUCAGACCCCAUCAGCUCACUUAAGGCCGGACAGGGAAUCACUUGAGGAACCUCUGAGCUGCCAGAGCUUCGCACUCAUCUCCUCAAGUCCUCUCAUCACAUCCUCAUUUGUAUAUUAGCACGUCAGUCAUCUCUUCAGAGAGUAAGCUACUCCUCAGUAGGGCUGCAAGUUACCUAUCUUUGAAUUAAGAUAUAUAAAAACAUUCUGCUGAUCAAUGCACUAAAUCUGUAUAAUGAAAACGAAACUGUAGGAAUGAUCCAAUCAUGUUAUCUGUUAGUUGCCCAAUACAUUCUGAGAUGAAUGUAACUAUGUGCAUUGAUGUUACAACACUGAUGUGUCAUAUAUCAUACUGUAUUUGUAAUGGCAUUAUUAUACUAAAUAUCCAACCAAAAGUAUUGUUACAAUAGCUGUGUAAUUUAUCUGAAGUUAGAAAAUAGACCAUAAUCCUGUUGGUCUUAAGACUCUUACAGUUCCUUUAAAAAAAAAAAAAAAAAAAAAUUCAUUAUGUUGCUGCCUCAUUGUUUCAUUAUGUUGCUGCCUCUUGCAACAUGUAUUUUUUACAUGCCCGGUUGGAGUUUUCCUAAUUCUUUCAUUUACAAUUACCAAUUCUUGUGAGCAUCAAAAUGAGACACUCCCUCUUAAUAUUCAAGCUAAUUACACAGCUAGCUGUGUCAAAUACAUUAUUCUAAUCAUCAAUUACUGCAUUUGAAGGUCUACUCUUUCUCUGCAGCAGACUGCGGCUUUAAAGAACAGACUGUUAUUACAAAUGCAGCUCUGAUCGCAGACUCAGGAGGACUUACUCUAACCAUAUACAUCAGCAGAAAGAAGUCUGGGAAACCUUAAUUAAAACGGGCUCCAGAUCCGGGUUCAGAUGAUGUACUAGUUGUGUCAUCACUUCCUUAUUUCUUAGGACCCAGGAUCAAUCGUAAUACAACAAAACAAAACGAAGCAGAAAACAGUUCUGACUCAAAGUGGUGUGCAGCCCUACUCUUGAGUGGUGUUACAGUAGCAUUGGGAACCGAAGCAUGGACCUUUGGGGUCAUGGGACAUUCUGUAAGCCGCCCUGUGACGUCUCAGACAAACAGCUUCAUCUGUUCUUCAUCUAGUCGAGCUGUCAGCAAAAUCUCUCAUUUCUGCAACAUUUUUGCACCUGUUUCAUUUUUAUUUUUUUUGUUACUGUUGUAUUCCCCAGCUCCCUCUUUACUGGCAGGGAGGUGGACAGGUCAGUUUAAUUUAUUGUGUUUUUAAUUUUCUUUCUGUUUGGCAGGGGAUCUCUUAUUUCUUUUUUUUUUUUUUUUUUUAGCUUAACAAAACUGGACAUGAUGACCUCAUUCAUUUUUGGCAACAUGCUGCAACAUAUGCAAUAUACAGUAGAUAAAUGUGUCUAUUUUCUAUACUCUGCUCUGCUAAAACCACAAAACAGCAAGAACAACAACAACAACAACAAUCAGCUGCCACCAUGCCUUCCAAGCCAGCGGUUACCGGAAAGUGCCAGUGCUUUAACAACCCAACUCCUCUCAUGUCGGCUGCUGUGGAGUGUGUUUGCUCUCUCGUGUAUGCAGCUCCGUGCUCGUGUGUGUGCCAGAGGAGGCCCAGAGGAGCCAAUGCCGAGCAUACAGCAAGCUCGUACUAUGCACACCUAAGAAGAAGGGAUGGAAUGCAAGAAGUGGCACACAUCGCACGUCUCACAGCACCUACUACCAGCCGACACUCUGGUGCCAUUUCACGAAACCCCUCUCACCUAAACACCAGACCACCUCAGCAACAACUCAUCGUACAGCUUCUCCUCCUCGUGGACAGAGUCUGGAAACUGACCUCCAGCACCUCGAACUGUGUUAAGUUGGAAAACAGUGCCGCACGAGCUCAUGGCGGCUUUGGAAAAGAGACACAAAGACUUGUAAGCAUUACUGAUGUUGCCCUAUAAAUGUAAACUCUUGGAUUUCUGAUUUUAGUUCUUCUCGCGUGUUUUUGCGCUGUCAGCGCGGCAGCAGCGCGGAUCAACCUUUCAAGCGUUUUUUUUCUUUGUAGGAUAAUCAACAAAAUUGAGGUACAUUCGUUAAAAUAUAGCAAACAAAUACUUACUAAGCCAUAGGUUUUCCAGGUUGUGUAUUGUUUCUCUUUGUUUCUUUUUUGUGGCAAGGUCUUUUUCUACCAGAAUGUACAUUUAAGAAAAACAAAAGAAGAAAAAAAUGCAUUAAAUUGACAAUUGUGUCAUUUCAGCUUAGCAAGCCUUAAGGGACCAACACAUAAGAGUCAUGAUCUGCUCUUAUUAUUUUUUCUUUCUCUUUGUUUUCAUGAAAAAAGUUUAUAUAUAUAUAUACAUAUAUAUAUAUCAUUGAUUACUAUGGUAAAGGUAGUAUCAUUAUUAUCUUAAGGACAAAAAAUAUAUGUAGCACCUGAUUUAACAGUUUGUUUCAGUGUUUGUCCUGUUGCCAAAAUUGCCAUUCAUCUAAACCCAGUUGGUGUAUUCUACAGAUUUGCUUGAGUCUGAGUUGCUUCAAAAGCACCUGUCUUUAAGUAUACAGGUCUGUAACAAAUCUAUAAUUAGGAACAGUUGAUAGGUGCAAGGUUUAAAUGAAUUCAGUGUAUUAGAUCUGCUCAGAGAAAUCCUGCAGAGUCUCUUGAUUGUUCAGCGUUAAGUGCACUUCUGAACCACUGGGGGGUUUACCUGUGUGGCAGUUUGGACGUUGGUGACUCCGCCUGUCUUCAUUACUUUUUUCUUUAUGGAUACAUAAUGUAUUGAUGUGCUGCUACUUAGUUGUCCACCUCGCUUUUGAAAGUGGAGGUGAGAGCUGCCGUUGGAUGUAAAAUAUCUUCAGAUUGCCUGAAUCUGAUCAGUGUGCCAUGAAGCUUUGACGCAAAUCCAGCCCAUCAUCAUACAUAUGGUUGGCAGUCCUCUUAAAGACUUUGUGAAGUUUGAUGAUUAGUUGUCAGCCAGCAUCCAUGAAAGUGCGGGAAUCCACUUUGACAACCGCUGCAGCAGCCUGUUUCACUGACCGACUCUUUAUCUCUGGUUCAAAGAGCGAGUCAGUUCAUUCAGCUGCUUUUCAAGCAGCAUGGAAAGCUGCAGCCCAUCCAUGGACCGCGGCUGAAAACCAGGGUGCCAAUCUUAUCAAUGGGCACUGGAGUAGCCACUUCUUAAUUCCACUUAAUUACCCACACAUAAAACGCAGUUGAAAAAGCCUUUAGACAUAUUUUCUACUGGAAGGUCAAGUGUAGAGGCGGAGGCAGGAGAGCUAAUAACUUAAGAGGUUGUGACUUUGGUAAAAAGUGCUUGGGUGCUCUUGGAAAAAAUAAAUCCCUGUUGAUGCCUUUUCAAGCAACUGAUUAUGUGAUGACAGAUGGAUAAUGUAAUAAUUUGUACAAAAAUUUAUUCUGAACUCCUUAAAAAUGCUAUUAAAUGAUUUUAGAGGUGAAUUUCCGGAUAACUGAAGCAGUAUGAUAACAAUUGCUCUCCAGAGAAGGCUUAGGCACAUCUCUUGCUGGUUUUCAUUUCCGAAGACAUUUUUAUCUUUCAUUCAAGAGUUUGGAUAAGCUUAUUUCUUCCUUGAUUUAAACAUGCUGUUAGAUUUCUGAACCAAACAAAAAUUGGCAUCGUUAACCUGCGAAGUGAAAGAACAUAUCACCAGCAAUAACCUGUUUGACCUGUACGAAACAUUGAUGAUGUUUUCCCCUGAAAAUGACAUAACCAGUUGUCAAAGGCUUUUUCAGUGAUUCUCUUGUCCUUAAAGAAAAUUGGCUUUGAUUUAAAAAAAAAAAAAGACAGUUAAUCAAAAAGCAGACGAGUAGUGAUGUGUCCACUGUUCCGAGUUGUUCUUGUGAGGAAAGUAUUCUUAAAGGUGUAAAGACAGCAGUGGCAGGAUGUAUGCCUUGUAAAUAUCUUGUCAAGUGAAGAAAGUGAAGUGGAAAGUGCUGCUAUAUUAGAUUUAAAAAGGGUGAUAGGAUGCUAAACUAAUUGUUUAAUGUGUACAAAGGCGGUCAAAGUAGUAGGGAAUAUGAGGCUCGCCAGGGAAAACCAGGUCCAAGGAACCAUCUCUCGAAGCUAUGUUGGUCAGGGCAGGGGGGGGAGAUGGGGUUCAAUGACGGUGUGGGAAACUAAAUACUACGAUUUAGAGUGUAACUUUAAAUAAUCCCUGGCUUGCCGUGCUGGGCCUCUGUUGGAUUGAGACUGUACAGUAUGUGUAUUCCAUAUUCAACGUCAUUCUCUGGGACAUUAACAACAACAAAAGCUCAACUCAACAGCACCUCUGGUAUGCCUCAACAAGGACAACUUUCAUUCUGUCUUAAAGUCACCAGCAGCCUUGUACUUUUUUUCUCUUUUUCUUUUGAAACCCAAGAUGACUUAACUGUAAAAAGACAUGUUUGCACCCAGCUGUUUGAUCUCUUGUACUCUUUAUACAGCAAUCGUUCUGUCUUUGAUUCUUGCCUUUCUCUCUUGUCAUUCCGUGUUCUCCAAUUGACCUAACAGAUAUCUCCAAGCUUCAAGGGCCACAUUUCACUGCAGCCAGUUCUUUGGCUGCAGAGCUCCUUACCACGUUGAACCAACUCUCCUCUAUCCUAGCCAUCUUUUUUUUUUUUUUGUACCGUAAUGUAAAUAUGGGGAGAACUGCCCACACCUUCAGACAGUCUCUCCCAAAAAGAAUUCCCAAUGUUGAAAAGAACAGAUUGUCUUUUUUUCUGGAUGAUAAUGACAGAGUCGUCGAGAGAUAGGUUCAGGGACUGUGUCCACCGAUGGUGCUUUUUGGGCUGGCAGUGCCCACAAACUUAAUUCCCCUGUUGCUAGGUUUACGACAGCUGACCUGCCAAAUCCUUUGGUGGCCAAUAAGUCUGUUUUGAAUUGCCCUAUAUGCUGAUUAUUAUUUUUUUAUUCAAGGAAAUUUAACAAAGAAAAUGUUGAAACCAGUUGAGUCAUGUCCUGGCAGUAUCAGCAGCGACUCUAGACCUGAAUAUUUUUGGGGGUGCUCGAUCAUCUAAAGUGUGUGGGAAGGGGGGGAGCAGUCUGGCUGCAUGUGUUAAACUGUGUAAAGUGUACUGAAUGAUACCUAUUUCAAUGGAGAAGUCCCACCCCUUUUGAUUUGUAUUGUUCAGGGAGGGAGAAGUGAUUUCAUUGAGUGUAGCAAAAGAGCAAGUUUUCAAUGCUUAAAUCUUCAAAUUGAUAGUUUUUGUAUAGAAAACAGGCACUGCCAGUUUAAAACACACUAGUUGGACACAGACGAUUAUACUUUAUUACCUUUUGACAAAACCUCCGCAUCUGAAAUAAUGGUUCAUCGCCUAAACCCGAAAAAACAACAAUGACACUUAACCUCGUUAUUGUGUUUGUGGAGAAUCUGUCUGAAAAUGUGCUUUAUCAUCUUCAUAUUUUAACCGGCUGUCACCUCUUGUCACAGUCUCCGAAGGCUGGCUUUCAACCGGCCUCUGAUUGGGGCAGUAUUGAGCAGGGUUUGCCUUCAGACACUUAGUGACUGCUUCUUUUACAAACUAGUUUCAAACAUGUAACGGCCUGUGGUGAUGAAGCAGGCCCAACUGUCGAGCCAAUCCUUUCUGUGGACUGGAAAUACCAGGCUUGUUUUUUAAAAAUGUUUUUCCUUAAUUUUUUUCUAAACUUUGGGUUUAGCAACCAUUUGUUCCGAUGAGAUUUCUUGACAGCUAAUUGGGCCAUGACCCAUUCAAAAAAAAAUGUCAAAGAAAACCUGCUGUACCUCAUCUUUAAGAAUCCUACCUAGCCUUCUCUGUCCUAAGCUCAGAUAAAAUAAAAAAAAUAGGGGGGAGGUCAUUGUACCCGGUUGAUGUACAGCCAUCAUGACAUUUCUCACCUUGGUUCACUGGUCAACAUAGUUGAAGUUUGUGUAUGGGAGCAGCAAUGUGUCUUGAGCCGUUUUGUGACCCAAGAAUUAAGAUGCUCUCAGUUAAUAUGCAGCCCUUUAGUGCUACUCUUAAUACCCUGAGAAGAAGAAAAAUCCAGCAGUUUGUUUCUGCUCUGUGUGCAUUGAUGGAGGGCAACAAAAAAAAAACAGGGAGGCGAAAUAAACUAUGCCAGCAGCUUUACCGCUUCAAACCACGCACUGAGUUAAUCCCACAGCUGUGAAUGUAUCGGCCCUCUCAGAGACUUCAACCAAUCUGAGCACAACCCGCGUUUAACUCAGCCCAAAGGUCAUGGCAGCAGCUUUUUUGAACAUGCAAUUUAUCCACCGCACGGGUCUCUCUCUAUCUUUGUCUCUUUCUCUUGUUAUGCAAAGUCUGGGCCAACCGUGUCUGCCCACUCAGUCCCUCUGGAUCACACAGGUUGAAUGACCUACCUAUGCUAGCAUGAUCCACUCACUGUGACGAGGAGCGCGUUUGGGUCGAAGAAUUAGCACGUUCUCCCAUACCGGCUGCCCUCCUCCUUCUUCUCAGAGGCUCGCAAGACUGUCUGCCUCCGCUGAAGCGUUUGAAGUAGUCGAGUGUUCGGGUUUUGGUAGGGCUUGUUUGGGGUCACUUAAGGGUUCAGGCAGUUAAAACACUUUCUCCUCUCCGAUGCUGCAGUGAGGCCUUUGUGGCGACAAAGGGUAGCAGAAAGCUUUAUCACGUUUUAUUUGGUGCCUAAGUUUGACAAGACUUCUUUUACUUUUCACCUCGAAUGACAGGACUGCAUGUGAUUGUGUGUCUGCAUUGGUGUCUGCAUUACCUGCUUUAUAGAUGUCAUCCAAAAGCUGAGAAGUAUCUUUAAAAAAAAAAAAAAAAAACAGCAUAAUUAACAUAUUAAAAAGGUCACUUAAUCGAAAAGAAAAUACCUCCUUUUAAAGACCAAUGUGUUUUACCUCACUGUAUAUAUAUUCUUGAUUUGUUUACUCCAAGUUUGCAAUUUAUCUUUCUCUUUUGUUUCUAUGAAAUGCUUAAAAAAGUUGAAGAGAAUAAUUUUGUUUACUUUUCAAUGGUACUUUUUUUUUUGUCAGAUGGCAUUGUAUUGUGUUUGUGUUGUGCCCAAGCAGUAUACUAUUCCUCUUCUACCAUGCUCUGUAUAUGACCUGUUGGUUGUGUUCUGCGUGAGCUGUACAGUCAAAGCGCUUUACAAAUGUCCAAGCCCCCUUCUGAGCUCUGGUACAAAUGCCUUGUUCAAUAUGUUUCUUUUGUUUUAAUGAGAAAAAAAAAAAAGAAGAAAAAAAAACAAAAAAAAAGGAGUCACAGUGGAGGUCGGAGGAGGCUGGAAGUGAGGGGAGGGACUGUAAAGGGAAAACCCCUCGACAAGUGUUGAACCCUCCUCACCUCGCGACCCUCUUGGAUUUCUAAACAUAUUAUAAUCUUGACUUUUUUUAUAUAGUGUGUACAGAUGAAUGAGAUCAACAUAGGAACUAGAGGAUUGACACUUAUGUUAACUUCUAACAUAGCUGGAGUAGAAAAUGGUGUGAAUAAAGAAACCAAGUUUCACUACA